AUAUGUCAAAUUUUAAAAAAAUGACAACCGGGAAGGUGUGCAACGUCUACAACCGAAGAAUCAUUGGUUUGCAGUGAUUUUUUAAAAAUUAGAAAUUAUUUUGAAUCUACUAUUUUAAGUUAUUACUUAGUUUAUACGUAUAAAGCUUUACCCUGAAGCUUAGCAGAAAGUAUUCAAUAGUCAAGGUAUUUGUAGGUAACGCACAUAUACAGUCCCACUUUCAAUAAAAUGAAAAAAGCAGGUUUAGAAUCGAACCAUGCACAAACUUUAAAAUAUGUAAGUCUUGUGACAUUAACAGUACAGAAUGCUCUUCUUGGUCUUAGCAUGCGACAUGCUCGCACCAGAAAUGGUGACAUGUUCUUAUCUUCCACAGCGGUAUUAAUGGCAGAGCUAGUAAAAUUGGUCUCAUGUCUUUCGAUAAUUUAUGUGCAAUCAGGUGGGAUACUGCAACUGUUCCAAGAAGUACACAAAAACAUAAUAAAGCAGCCGUUGGAUACAUUGAAAGUUUGUGUUCCGUCCUUUGUAUAUGUUUUACAAAAUAAUUUAUUGUAUAUAUCGGCAUCUCACUUGGAUGCGGCAACAUACCAAGUGACCUAUCAAUUGAAAAUUCUCACCACAGCAUUAUUCGCUGUAGGCCUUCUGAAUAAACGUUUGCUUAAAACACAAUGGCUUUCACUGAUAACCUUGAUUGUGGGUAUUGUUUUAGUACAACUUGCAGAUUCUAAUACUCCUGUAGCUGUAGUCAAAGAUCAGAACAGAGUGCUGGGAUUUUUGGCAGCCUUAGCGGCGUGCGUUCUUUCCGGUUUUGCAGGUGUUUAUUUUGAAAAGAUGCUCAAAGGAAGUGAUGUGACUGUGUGGAUGCGAAAUGUACAAUUAAGUUUAUGCUCAAUACCGUUUGGUUUAUUAACUUGUUUUGUAAGUGAUGGCGCUAUUAUUAGGGAGCGCGGAUUUUUCUUCGGAUAUGAUAGAUUUAUUCGAUAUCUCAUACUUUUACAAGCAGGUGGAGGUUUGUUAGUUGCAGUCGUGGUGAAAUAUGCGGACAAUAUUUUAAAAGGAUUUGCGACAUCUUUGGCCAUAGUAAUUAGUUGUAUUGCGUCAAUAUAUUUAUUUAAUUUUGUUUUAACAUUUCAAUUCUUUCUGGGUGCCAUAUUUGUAAUAUUCUCCAUAUUCUUAUAUGGAUAUGUUCCAGAAAAAUCGGUUAUCACGGAAUAACAUGGUUUAGAAGAAUUUUUAAUAUUCUCAUAAACAUAGUAUUUUUAUAACAUAAUGCUUUAAUGUACUUAAAAUUUGUUAACUAUACAUAUAUUUUUUAUUAAAUUAUAUUUUUAUGAA